AAUGGGCUGUACUUACUCGACUUUAUGAAGGGGUGAGAUGUAAAAACGCUAGAGCCACUUAAGCGUUUUUCACCUUAUUAACCUAAGAUAACUAAACAGCUCAAGCGGUGUAUCGGGGAGGUGAUCAAGCGGUUGUUUCUCGCGGAUUCUGCUUCGAUCGACUAGUCAGUUCAAGCCACACACCAGCGAAUUCCACUUGGUCCGUCUCAUGUAUUCCCACAAAGGACCGAGUCAAAGGAUGACCGGCAGUUACUCGUGGUCUCUGCCGGUAGAUCCACAGUUUACUGAGAAUACUCGUCAGAACUACGAACGGUUCAUGGCGGAACGGCAACAGCAUUUUUAUAGCAGUACCCCGAGCUACUCCGUACCCGACCUACCAAGGUUUACGCAAAAUCCACGCAAUGAACACACCCGUAACGGUAGUGAACCACCAGCUGAGAAUCCGGAAGAAGAUGUAGCUAUUCUUGCCGAUGUAAAUGAUUUGCUAUGUGCUCCAGGACGCACAAACAUCCCAGUCCUAUGUCCAGACCGUGAAGGAAUAACUACAUGGUUUAGACAUGACUCCACUGUUAAGAUUACAAAGCAGAUCCUUAAGAUGCUGAAAUCAGAUCUCCCUAAGGCUUAUCCAACUUAUAGGUCGCUCCCACCAGAAAUUAAAAACCGAUGGUUCAGAGCUUUUGCGCAAGAGUUCAACUGGGAUCCAAGCAUUACAGAGUAUGUUCGCACAAACUACGAUGAGCAAGCAAAAACAUCUUUUAAAGCUAAUGUCCGUGACUGGAAGAUAAAAUGGAUAGAGAAAGGAGCUGACAACUUACCUGAUUGGAUGAAGGCGAAGAAUAAUCUAUUUGAUGGUUACAUCAAGAUGUGGACAGAUGAAAAAACAAAAGAGAUGGCAGCCCAAAACUCUAUCAAUCGGGGAAGUAAACGAGGUGGAUUAGGGGUGGCUAAACACAACAACGGUGCAAAAACUUAUGAACGCCGUUGGGAUGAGAUGACAAUUGAAUUACGAACGAAGCCUAAUAUGCUUUAUUUCAUGGAACAAACACACUUAGACAAGAAGACCCGAACCAUUAGUGAUAUGAAGACCAAACAGUUUCUGGAUAAGGCUUCUAGUCAAGUGGAGCUCAUCCAAUCCCAACGACAAAGUGAUGAUGAUCCUUCGGCUCAGCUAGACCCUCUUACAACAGAAGAGAUUAACUCUGUUAUGCGUAAAGUUGUUCCAAAGGUUAGAGGUAAAUUUUAUGGCUUUGGUAACCUUUUUGAUGAUGGAUGCCCAUCUUCUUCUUCAGAUCCACGACAAAUUCCUAAACUACAAGAAGAGAUUCAAACAUUGAAGGCUCGUGAACAAGAGAAGGACGCUCAUAUCAAGUUUCUUAUGGAAUGCAACAAGCUCCUCCUAGGCCGGUUUCCUGAUCUACGUCCACCUGAGUACCCGGAGACACCAGCAACGGUGGAAGACGAAGACGAGACACAACCUUGAUCAGUUUCAUAAUCCUAUAAAAGUACGUUUUUUUCCUUUUUUUUUUUGGUCAACACAUGUAAAAGUACGUUUAUUGUAUAUGGAUUGUUUUUUUGAGUAAUGAAGUAUGUUCUGGGCAUUGCA